GUGGCGGGGUGGUGUGUCAGCAAGAGGGGUACCCCCUCCAUCCCCGAUGGCCCCCCAGCCUCUGGCGCAUCUACAGAAGUUAGAGGGAGAUUAGAGGCUCCUGCCCACUCCCCGGGAGCACUUUUAUGAGCAUCUGGGGCUUGCUGCUGCAUUUCCGCAUCUCACAGCCACUUCCACAGCUGGGAUGCUGCUGUGGGAUCUGGAGCAAGGAGGAGGAGGAGAUGAGAUGCGCAGUUCCAUCCCAGGCCUGGGCAGGGUGAUGGUGUUCCUCGCUGCGGCCCUGGCAUCAGCCUCCUUUGCCAUCCCUGAAGACUGGGGAGAGGAAGGAGUGCAGUAUGGACAGCUGGGGACAGACGUGAACCUGUCAUGCCCUGGUGUCCGUGCUGGCCUGCCUGGUGUCCUCCCCAGCUCACCAGUGCAGUGGAGACGAGCAGGUGCCACAGCACUGCCAGAGGGCUCAGCCGUCCAGCAGGGAUCCCUGGUGCUGCCAAGUGCCAGCUUGGCCUCCAUGGGAACAUACAGCUGCCAUGGCAAGGACGGCGGCCUCCUGCACACUGUGUCCCUGCGUCUGGGGCACCUGCCUGGAGUCCCCUUUGUGUCCUGCAGAGCAUCUGACUAUGAGAAUUUCUCUUGCUCCUGGACCUCCACUGUGGAGACCUUCCUCCCCACCAGAUACAUCACCACAUACAGGAAGAAAUCGCUGACAGGCGAAGAAAAGCGGAGGAACAGGAACGGGCACAUGGGGCUGUGCCUGCAGGAUCCAUCCCGCCCUGGCACCUGCACCGUCCACAGGUCAGAGUUCUGGAGCUCCUACCGCCUGAACAUCACCGAGGUGAACCCCCUGGGCUUCAACUACCGCCUCCUUGAUGUCACCAUGCAGGCCAUCAUUAAGCCGGACCCUCCAGAGGGUUUAGUGGUGGAGCCCAUCCCCCUGGCCCCACGGCGGCUCCAUGUGAGCUGGAAGUACCCUUCCUCCUGGCCCAAGGAACCCCACUUCCAGCUAAGGUUUCGGCUCCAGUACCGACCCAUCAUCCACCGUUCCUGGUCCGUGGUAGAGACGGUGAAUCUGUCUGAGGUUAUCACGGAUGCCUUCGCUGGGCUGGAGCACGUGGUUCAAGUCAGUGCCAAGGAUUUCCUGGAUGCAGGGAAUUGGAGCGAGUGGAGUGCCGAGGCCCGGGCAACACCAGUCAGAGACCUGGCCUCCACAGCAAGUGAAGAAACCACUACAGAUGCCAGACUGGAGAGCCUGGCUGAGGAGCCCUCCCAGGCUCCCAACCCUGAGCCCAUCAAUCACAGUGACCCCUUGGAGAAGGUGGCUGUCCUGGUGUCCCUUGGGAUCUUUGCCUUCUUCGUCCUGGCUGCUGUUCUUGUCAUCACCAUCCUCAUCUGGCUCCGGGUGAGGAAACAUGGCAAGGACAAGACCAAACCCAACUUUCUGGUUGCUGCCACCCACUUGAAGGCACUACCAAAAGCUCAGAUCCUGUAGUGAGCCCUGGCCAAUCCCUGCUCCCUGCACCUGCUUGCCCACGCGUGGGACUUGAUGCCACUGCUGGCCCCCAUGGACCCCACGCCUCUUGGGUCACCCCACAGCUGUGGACAUUGCCGGAGCCCCCGACACCCUGGGGUUGCAGGAUGGAUCCUAAGGAGAGAGGCUCUGCUCCCAGGAGCGUUGGACUGCCUGAGCCCACCAGGAGCCAGCUGGAGUCACUUCAGGCUCAGGGUGACAGGCCAGCUCCACCUCCGAGUGCUGCUAAACAAAUGGGGAUAAGACACUGAGCCAGCCCCACUUCACUGCCUAGUGUUGAGGGGGACCAUGGGUGUAGGCUCCCGGGGGUGCCGGGCACCAGUGCCAGCCGAGGGGUGCUGAUCCCUGCCUGUCACCCCCCACCAGCUGCCAGCAGGUGGAAGAGAACACCCCCUGCCCAUUCCCUCUGCCCCAAUCCCCCGUGCUGUGGCUGGACGGAGCAGCGAUGCCAAUAAAGGGGAUAUGCCAAUGCUAUUAUUGGCACUGUCCAGGCAAAACCCCUUUGCAGAUCAUGCUGUGCCAAGGGAGGGGUGAGUACCAGCUCGGGAAUGGUCCUUGCAGGAAGUGCACAGGCACUUCCCAAACUGUUCAGCCCUCUCCUCAGGUGCCUGGAGGGGCUGAGAGAGACCCAUGCCGAGGCUAAGUGCCAGAAGAGGCUGCAGACAGGCAGCUGUGUGGGACAUGUCCCUUGCCCUCACCAGCGUGACAGCCGAGACAGGACCCUCUGCACAGCCCCCCUCACUCUGCAUGUGGCCCCCUUGCCGCACCUCGACCCGGCCCCUCUAAUGGCUUCCAUGUGUUGGCACCUCCCAACCCCGGUGCUCAGUGCCAGCAGCCCAACGAGAUCCAGAUGGAGCUCGGUGGAAAUUCAGACAGCAGCAACGCAUGGAGCACGGGGAGCAGAGCCAGUGCAGGAUGGGGACCCACGCAGGUCCUGGGGCUGCCUGUGAACCCACGAUGCAGAGGGAGCCUGCACUGGUCCUUGUGUGGACUGGGUUGGAGAGAUCUGGGGCAGGCUGUGCCUUUUGCAAUGCGUUAUGUGCCCAUAGGCUCCUUGCUGCCCUCACUGGGUGCCCUUGGGUGUGGGGUCGUGAGGGGUCUCCAUGCUUGGCUUUGUGGGGUUCCAGCCCCUCAGUGUCCCUCAUGAGCACAGACACUGUGAAUGAGAGAGAUGGGGGUCAGCCCUCUACAGGGUGCUACCGGUGUGGCACUGUCCUUGGACCAGAGCAGGGCUCUCCACAGGCCAGGUAGGGCAGGGCAUCAAGAUGGGGAGGUGCAAGGAGCCAGAUCCUGCCUCAGGCUCAGCACUGGGACACUCAGCACAUUCCAGGCUCAGCAGCUACAUCCCCUCUCCCAGGGGUAUCCCACAGCUUGACAGCUCCAGGUAUAUCACACUGCUGUGCCCUGCUGGGCUCUGGUCCCCAGCAUCCAAACCACAUUCUGAUGUGUCACACAGUCAGCCUUGUCUUGUCAUGGUCACCCUUGUCUCUUCUCAGUUCCCAGCAUUGCAUUGGCAGCAUUUACCGCUUGGAAGCUUCUUCUCAUCACCACCAGAUCCCACCCCUCUGCCACUGUGGAGAGGAUCAAGGCAGUGGUUGCCCAGAGAUGCUGUGGAACACAGGUGAUGUACCUCCCAUAGGUGUGGCUCCGGUGUUUGCAAAUUACUCAGUAAUUUCCUGGCAUCUGGUGCUGGUUUAGAGGCUGAUGCCUGCUCGAGAUGUAGCAGCACAGCAGCCAGAAAAUGGGAGAGUGUGUGAGACAGCAGCUCUGGCCCCUGUAUUCUGCCUGCUUCUAAACUCCAGAAAGCCCAGGCAUGCUCGAAAUAGAAAUGUGUUGCUGCUGCCUAGGGAACCCAUAGAUCUGUUGUCCCCAUGUGGCAAGCCUUGUGUCCCCUUCCUCAGCUGGGGCUUGCCUGGCCAGGCAGUGGGGACAUCCAGUUCUGGUGACCAGGGCAGCUUCAGGGCAGGAGAGGCACAUCUGGUUCUCAUCACUGCAUCCUGCUGCCCACAACCCUACAGGGAGACCCCUUUCCUCUCUGAUGUAAGGAGUCAUGACCUGCCACCCGUUUGGCAGCUGGAGAUACCAAGAGCAGGCAAGGGGGCCACAUGCCACCACAAAGUCCUGCCUGCCUGCACUGCAGCUGCCUGCUGGGAUGCCCCAUGGCUCAGCUCCCUGCCCCAGCAGCCUGUAAAUGUGACACGCAGGCCUUGGGGACCCAAAGAAAGCCACAAACCCUGUGCUUUGGGUAACAAAGAUGCCUGGUGCUGGGUGCUGCACUUCCAGGUGCCCAAGGUGAGGAUGCACUGGCGCUGGACAUGGGCAGACAGGGCUUUCCAGUGGACCAGAGAACAUGCAAGGGAAGGGCCGGGGUGAGCAGCAAUCUGGAAUAAAGGAGAGGGAUCCAGAUGCCAAAAUCAACUUUGUCCUCAAGCCAUGGAGAAGAAAAACAGGAAGGGACCAUGAGACCAGUCCCAGUGCCAGCACCUCCCUGUCCCACUGUGGGGCCAGGGCACUUCCUCCAAGGCUUGGGCUCUCUGGUGGCUCACACAGCCACUGAGCGAGCAGAGGCUUCCUGCUGCAGGCUGGAGCCCUGCCUGGACGCACCCUGCCCCAAGUAGGCAGAGGCACAUCCAAACUUGCCUUUGCUGCUGUAUCCCACCCUCCCCAAAGUGGAUGCUGUGCCAAGAUCGCCAGGGGAGCUGGUACAAGCCAGGCCUGCAUAUGCUGAGAAUGUGCCAGGUCAAAGCAGCCCAUGGACUGCAUCCACAUGGAACAGGGAUGGGUCCAGCUUCCUGGCAUGGAACAGGGACCAGCCCAAGCCCAGCAGGAAAAAAGUGCGGGAGAACAUGGCCUCGGAUAUACUGGUUUAAAAAAUUUCCAUCAGGCAAUGCCACACACCGGGGAAGGUCCCCAGCACGGAGAUGCAGAGAGGUCCAUGUCCAUUGUCUCCAUCCAGCACAGGGUGGCUAGAUCACGUCUCAGGCAGGGACUUGUUUGGGAAAUCUAUAGCUUUGGCAGAAGCCUUUGCAGCAGGGCACUGGCUGUGGGCGGUUGUGCAGCUCUGCCCCGGCUGUUUGACUGCCACCAACCCUGCCAAAUUUCUGAGCUAGCCCUCAGGACUAGCCUCCUCCUCUCCCUGCCUCGCUGGCAGGAUCAGCCCGCAUUUUGCAGGGGAGGAGGCCAGUUGCACAGGACUGUGAAGCAAACAGUCUCAACUUACCUCUCAUGGCUGAUUCUGCUUCCUUCUCUGCCAAAUCCUGAGCCAAAGAAAGAAGAAAGCAGCUUCAGCAGAAUGUGGGAGACAUAGGCCAUGAAACAUACAUCUCUAUGUCAUGAGGUGGUGUAGAGAGCAAAGGGUACAUAUACAGUCAGGGGUUCAACAGGUAGGGAAGGAUGCAUGGAUUGAGGGAAGAAGAUGUGCUGAUGCAUAGAUGGAUGCAUGGAUUGGUUUUCAGAGGGAGGAAGGGAUAGAUGGAUUUAUAGAUGAAUGUAUGGAUAGGUAGUUUGGACACUCAGUUACCAUCCUAAGCAUCAAAGAUGCUCACUGUGCAGGGGCUGACUUGUGCAGAAGGGUGAGAGGCCCAUGGGCAGAGAGCAAGGACUGUGUUUGGGAACAAGUCUUGGGUGUGACCCAUGCACCCAGUCCUCAUGUAAGUGGUAUCACAGCUGACAUGAGGAGACAGAGCUUGAAUUGUCACCAGUGCAGGUUCUGAGAGUACUGGGGAGAAUGUGGGGCAUCUCCAGAAGGAUUGCAUCCCCCUCAGGAGCUGCUUCCAUCUCAUGCUGCCCAGACACUGAGAGAGUAGGAAUAGCAGGAACCAUGCCCAGAGAUGCAGUGAAUCCAAACACAAAUGCUUUAAAAAUGCAGAGCUGAGCAUUCACCCUGACCAUGGCUUUCAUCUCACCUGCAUGUGGAUACCUCUGCCUGGGAACUUGCUAGAGAUCCAAGCACUCAACCCAUUAGAGACCCCUGCGAGCCCCCAUGCUCCCUCUUCUUCAUCUGCCUCCAUUUCUAGCUGCCACAGGCCUGAAAAUUCCUUGCCCAUCUUUCCUGAAACAGAAAAGACAUCACCUGCUGGGCCAGAUGUGCUGACACCCAAACAGAUGUGGAGAAGGGAGAGACCUGAGACAUCUCUUGCUACUGCACUGUCAGCUUCCCCCGCCAAAUAUGGGUUGUUUCUUUCUUUGCUUGCUGGGACUGGCCCCUUCCCUGCCUCUAGGAUGCUUUUGGUCUUUCACAGAUGGGAAAUGCCAAGCAUGUGGCCACAGAGAUGCUGGGAGACAACAGCCAGCAGCACAGCUCUGCCCAAGCACUGCUGCUCAUGAUGCUCUUGGGAAAUGGCUGCUCACUGCUCCAAGCAGCAGCAGCAGCCCGCGAUUUUCCUGCUAGCUUUUUGGCUUUUUUUUUUUUUUCCCCACUGGAAACAGUCCUAUUGUCCAAGCAAGAGGUCCCAGUGUUUUGUGUUCCUGCCCUGGAGUGUGGUGGCACUAGGGGACAUGUGCUGUGUGCUUCCCAUGCACACAUUUCUGCUGUGCAACACGAGGACUACAGCUCCUUGGUACUGCCAUGUCGCUUGCUCAGAGGAGAUAUCUCCUCCCUUCCCCGUGGCAGGAUCUCCAUCUUCUCCUCCGGCUGCAAGGACCAAAACAGAGCAGGACACACUUUGGGAGCUUCCCUGGGCAGCCUCUCUACCUACUCUCCUCCCACCAGCUGCACCUUAUGGUCCCCUUCAUCCACUGCCACAUCAGCUGUGUUGUCUGCAUGGGCAGAAUAAACAAGUAGAGGUUAUGGACAGCCCUAUGCAGGAACUUCUGAACCACCUGGGGCACUCCAGUGCUCCCCAUGUUUCUGGGAUUGCAUGGAGCAGGCACUGGGCAGACAGAGCUCUGUACAGCUGGGCUUUUCUCCGCAUCCUGAGUAUGAUGGACCGGAGUUAAAUGUGCCUUUGGGAGUCUCAUGUGGCUUUGCAGGUUCACAACACAGCCAAACAACUCCCAGCCUUUGCUCUGCACUGGAAGAUCCACCAGAUGUGGAAGCAGCUCAGCUCCACAUGAAUUCUAGGCACCAGCACCAGCAUAGUCACCUCUGUGCUGAUGGAUCGGGAGGUGGUAAGGUGCCAAAAGUGUCAGAUAUCUCCAGGAUCCCUUCCUGGGAUGAUGACUGACCCCCAGGAUGAUCGGAAGGUCUUAAAGGCACUGAUUCCCAGGGGAAAGCCAGCCUGGAAAGUACUGAUCACCAGACAUAUGCUGACCUGGAAGGCACUGAUGCCAGAGAGGAUGCUGACUUGGAAGGUGUUGAUUGCCAGUGGAGUGCUGGAGACGCCAACCUGGAGGGCACUGAUCCCCAGGAGGAUGCAAACCUGGAAGAGGGAGGCCUGGGAGGAUGCCAAUCUGGAAGGUACCAAUCCCCACGGGAUUUGCUGACCUGAAAGGCAACAUUUAUCCAGAACAUAGUGCUUCUCCCCCUACUACAGAGCACUUCUUUCAGCUCCCCACUUACACUGGGCAGCAGCUCAGCCAGGGACUUCUCCAAGGGCUUGGGCUAGGGAUCCACACUCAGGCAGGCAUCUAUGGCUGGCGAGCUGCCCCAGGAAGCUAAACCAGCAACACCUCUUCCAAUUUCCCUCCUCCCCGGAACUCCCAGCUGGGAGCCGCUGCCCAGCUAUGGGCAAGAGGGCGUGUGGCCCCUAACUACUGCCAAAACAACCACAGCCCCCAUCCUUCUGCAGGCAAGUGAGAUACACAGACUCUGUUUUCCCACUAGAUGGCAAACAUUGCCUUCAAAAUCAGCCUUUGGAGAAAUUGCGUCCAUCCCUGUGAGAGGAGGCUGAGAAAGCCCUCAGGGAAAAACCCUGGGGGGGACGGGCCUGAGGCUGCUUCAGCAUGGCGCUGGGGGUAGCAGGGACCCCGGCAUGCUCUUCAUCUUGUUUUUUCUGUCAUUUCUGAAAAUGUUUUCCUUUCCCACCCUCCUGGUUUCUCCCUGGUCCUGGAAGACGCAUCCCUUGCCCUAUGCCGGUGGGACUGAGCACCCUGGGCAGGGAGGAGAGGCAUCUGGUUAACCCUGGGUAGCACCUUGAACAUCCACAGCCACAGAGUGAAGCCCAGAAGCUUUGCUGGGAAUUAAUUAGGCUGUGGUUUGUGAACCAAAUGCAUGUUAAUUCCUCUUUGCAAGUGCUCAGGUCCACAGACAAGCCAUUAUGCUGUGUGUAAAUAAAGUAGGCAGGGAUGAAGGCUGUGCAUGGGGAUGUGCACACUUGUCUAAGGUCUUCUACCAGCUCAGAAGUAUUCCCAGGCUUGUUUAAGUUUGAUUUCAGGCCCAGAUUUUUUCAUGGUCUCUGCAUUAUCCUUGUGCGGAAGUUCCCUGAGUGUUUGCUGCUGGCCCUGGCAUUGCUGCAAUAUUGCUGUGUGGUUAAACAUGAUGUGUCAUAACUAAUGAGGGAGCUAACUGUGGAUGGUAAAUGUUUAAUAUGGACAAAUCAAGCCAAUUAGGCAAUGUCAAGAGAAAAGUGUGUCAUCUCAGCUGUGUCUGUCCUGGGUGGAGAAGAGGUUCUGUGAAAGGGUAAAACCCCUGCCCCUGCAGGAUCAGCAGCUCCUAACACCAGCCAAGGGUAAAGAUGCUGGAUGCAGAUCCUCCUGCAGACCUUCAGUGCACCCAGUGGGUACUUUCACCUGGGGGACAAGGACAGCUUUUUCAAAACAAUAUUUUCUGGAAUAAAGACCUCUGGGUAGCUGGAGGGGAUGGCAGCCAUCUCCAGUGCCAAGCUGCCAAAUGGGAAGUAGUAAAUCAUCCCACUUAAAGCACUCCUUGUAGACCCCCAACAAGACUCUUGGCCAUUCACAGCAUGCUGCCUGCUUUUGUGGCAAGCCUGUGGCCCCAGAGCUCAGCAGUGCUCAGACAGGAGCACCAUGGAUCCCCAGCAGUGGGGUUCCCAGUGGCAGGCCCCCGCCAAGCAUUAAUUAACUCAUGGCAGCAGCUGUAUUCCCUCCACAAAGGGCUCUGGAGCCCUGCUCCUCACAGCUUCCUCUGCCCUCUCUGCCUCAGUUUCCUCCCAGGCACAUUGUUUGGUAUCAUUUACACCUGGGUGAGAAGGAUCCUUUGGGUCUCCUAGCCACUUCCUUCAGGAAGAGAUUAUUGCCUCUUCUUCCACAAGGGCUGACAAGUCCGUCACAAGGCUAUUAAUAGUCACAGAGAAAACUCUAGAAAAUGAAAGGAAAAGUGUGACUGGGGAAUAGAAUCUGAGGGAGCUGUCGAGAGCCAGUCUGCAGCCUGUGGCUCAGGGCAGCAAGCCAGUGACGGAUCGUGACAGCCACUGAUUCACGAGCCAAGCAGGUAAAAAGCCCUUCUGGCCCUUUCCAGCUGGGCUCCCUGCCAACCCUUGUGUUGGCGUGUGCUGGUGCAUGGGGACAACAGGGUAGAAGCAGUGACAACAUGGAUGGUACACCCCUGUGGCUUGAGGCUUCCUCAUCCCUUGGUGAAACUCACAGCCUCUGCAGGCAGCAGAAUACAAGUUGAGAACAGAUAUGGCCACUUCACUCCUGAAGCUGAGAUUUACCAGUGCAGGAGGGUUUGACCCCUGCUCUUAACCCAAGGAAUGAACAAGUCCCCAUGUCUGAGGCUGUCAUAUCUUUGCCUUGAUGUGUGCCUGAUUCCAGCUCUCCAGUCCAGGUCCUGGGAGUGUUUCUGGCCCUUCCCUGUAGGCUCAGAGUUCUGGGAAUGGUUUCCACCAAACAAAUGCUUCCUGCCUCUGCAUGGCAUCUCUAACUGGUGACAGGCUGCCACGGGCAGCAGCCACCCUCCCACCCCUUGGUCUUACUUCAGACCGUGUCUCAGAUCCCUGGAGGCUGGGCCCUGUCAGGAGAGGUCUCAAGAUACCCAGCAAACCAGGGGCUGAAGCAAACUGGGAACCAUGUCCUCUCCCACCUGCAGCAGGGUGACACCAUCCACAUCCCUCAGCUUGUGCUGCCAGGUGAGAAAAUCCCCUAAGCAUGAAAGUGCCAAUGCUUCAGUAAUUCUGGUGGAGUUGCACUGAGGGUAAGGACCUGCACCUCUCUCCCAGUGGCCUUUCCCAGGGUUUUGGAAUGAUCUGGGGCACUGGUGGUAGACUCAAAGAGGCUGCAGGGACUGUGGGGCUGGGCAUCCUCUUUGUACUUGUUCAGAUCCCCCAGCAGGAGAUGGAUGAGAUGCAUGAGCAGGCAAGGUAGCCAAAGGAGCUGGGGAAAUGCUUUUGCUGUGUGCAGAGUUGAGGGAUGAGCCUCUGCAGACCCAUCUGGCCUUGCUCUUCAGCAGGGUAAAGGCAAUAACCCACCAUGGCACUCCGAGAGCCCCAGGAGAAGCAUUGCGCAGAAACCAACCCCCUGGCCAGCAAAGAGAGGAGCAAGGACGCUCCAGAUACAUUUGCACUAAGAAACCAGCUCUGCCAAGGACUGCUUUCUGGUUGGGAAUGAUGCCUGCUUUUGGAGUCAGGCUAGCUGACCUGGGCCAAAACCUGCCGGAAAUGAUGCUCAGAGUAUUCCAGUACAAGGGGACAUUUGCUUCAGUUGCUGUCACCUGUGCAGCCCUGAUGCCCUGCAGUGGGCACCGCUCUGUCUUCAGGGGAACUGGGACAGUCGAGAAGAUCAGACUGCUGCCUGCAGCCUGGCUAAAGAGAACUGCUGCGUUCGCGGCCCACUGGAUGGGUAAAUGGAAGGAAGCACAGUACAACUCGUGUGCCACCAUUGCUAGGAAGGCAGCCUGCUGCUGCCCAGCAGGAGGGGAACCCAGCAACAACCAAAGGCUCAGAUGGAGGAAAAAGGAAGAAGUCGGCGCUGUUGGUGGCUCAGAUCCUGCUGUGGGUUAGUGGCCUCCCCUUCCUGCGGGAUUUUUGCUGUUUGCUUAUUCUUAUUACAUAAGCAUAGGAGCUUGGCUCUGCUCCAGAGCCCAGUUCUGCAGAAAAUAACCUCUUUCUCUUCCUUUUUGCAUCACAAUCCUUUAAAAGCAGCAGUCCCUAAGCUGUGGCAUGAGGAUCCCCGGUGAAGACCUGACAGGUGAUCUAUAGACCUGCUUCACCUCUGCAGUGCUCCUUGCUCUGCAGGGCUGGAAAGCUACAAAAGUGUUAGAACUGGGAUCUGGAGCCCAGAGGAAGUGUACUGAUGCCCGAAAGGUCAUGCUUUCAUUUCUCCAGGAAGACAGUCGCUUCAAAGAUAAAAACCUGAAAGGAUCUGCCACUUUCACUGGAACAUCAGCUGCAAAGGGAAGUGCAGGUUCCCUUUGCACAGGCUCCAGCACAGCCCAUGGUGACCAGUACUGUGAUUCCCCUGGCAUAAUAAUUCUGAUACCCUUCCUCAAAGCACAGCUCAGAUCCAGAAAGUGAGAAAAGCCCCACAAAGACAAGGAGACUGGAUGUUGGGGUGAUGGGCAGCAGCUGAAACCCCACAAGGGGCAAGAGGGGGGUGCUGCCCACCCAGCUCUUGGGUCUUGCUCCUGUCACAUCAAGGGAAACCCAGCUUCCUUGUAUCUUUGGAAUCUGGGCUGUUGAUGUCUCAUAUCUCUCCUGUUCUCCUCAUCUUUGCUAAGAACGGCAAGGAGACAACACAACUCCCCACUGCCCCUCUGCCCGUGGCCAUGCCAAGCCUCUCCAAGGCACACAGUCCAUCAGCAGCAAAGGACAAAUUACCAUUGGCGGUGCAAGAAGAGAGAGGACAAGACCAAGGUGUGGGGCUUGCGAGUAUCUGUGCAAGGAAACGAACCUUCGUUGUACCACUGUGAGUAUUUACUGAAAUGUACACGGGGCUGUGUAAUCUGCAAACCUGAGCAGACUGUGAAAAGGAGGAUAAGAUGCCAAGUUCUCCCUUUAUCAUUUAGAUUUACCUUCACUUCUUGUUUUCUUUGAAGACAGUUUCCAGGCUAAGUUUUUGUAUCUUGUACCCAGAAAUAUCAAUAAAGAUAUUGAAAGCCCUUUAAUCUA